AUUGCAAAUGAUACUUAAUUUAUGAAAAUGAAAAUAUCAAAACUGCAACGAUAGUUUUAAAACAUACCUUUAUGUUAGAUACAGUUUGGAGAUAAGGCGAUGGACCUCCACAUUGGAAAACCGUUUUUCAUUACAUUGGCAUGUUUAUUUCAGUCACUUCUCAGUCUUGGAUUAAUUAAUGGAUUCAGUGUAAUGUAUGCUGAACUUAUAAGCGUUUUCAGUACCUCAAGACUUAUCAGCGCUUUCAUUCAAGGCAUUUUCAAUUUCGUUGCUUUAGGAGCAGGUUUAUUGUGGACAUGGCCUAUCCGACAUCUAGGACUUGGUUUGUCAAUGUCUUGUGGCGCGGUACUCUCAUGUGUUGGAUUUGCCGCAAGUUCAUUAGCUCGUAAUUCUGAAACAAUCAUAUUUUCAACGGGACUAGUUUCUGGUAUUGGUCUUUCCAUUGGCUAUAUGGCACCGUUUGCAGUGGUAGGUUCGUUAUACAAAAUAGAUGCAGGGUUACCGAUAGCCUUGCUGACAGUUGCAGGGAGUUUAGGACAUAUGGUAUUAUCACAGGUCUAUGGAGGUCUUCUUAACUACUAUCACUGGUCUGGGACUUUCAUUAUUCUAGCUGGUAUUGCUCUCCAAGGGCUGCCUUGUGGACUUUUUAUUCAUUACUCAAAGGAACUUCUGAUGAAUGGAGAGGAGUCAGAAGUAAAAGUAAAAGUUCACAAAAGGCUGAACAAGGAUCCAGUGAUUUGGCUGUACCUAACUAUUAUCGUUCUUAUUGAAACCACAGCGACCUUUGAGAUAUGGUUCCUUGUAGAUCAGAUGACGUCUAGAGGUUAUACUAAAAACUUUGCAACAUCAUUACUGUCUGUGUUAGGAUUUGCAAAUCUUGUAGGGCGUAUAAUAGGUAUAAUGGUGAAAAUGAGAAAACAUUCAUUUCCAGCCGUAUAUUACAUGUUUUACGUCUGUCCUAUUCUGGCAGUAGGGCAUGCUUUGUUCAUAUUACUACAGACACUUCACAAUUGGAUGUAUGCUGCUUGUACAGUGUAUGGUGUCGCAUUUGGCCUUAUUAAUGUCUUUUUACCGGUCAUUAUGUACGAUUUAGUAGACAAUGAUAUGUUUCAACAAGCAGUUUUACAACAAAACUUGGCUCUAGGGACAGGAACUCUGAUAAGCAAUUUUGUAGGAGGUAGUUUAAGAGAUUCCUACGGAGAAUAUGACAUUGCAUAUGAGCUUGGAAUUGUUGUAUCUGUUCUAGUAACAUUUGGUUUUAUAAUUAUUGUCUAUGUGUUGAGAAAACGAGACAAGGAGAGAAGGUGUUUUAUUACAUAUGAUUCACAAUGUGCACAGUAUAAAUCAUUUGAUUAAAGUAUUUAAAACAUAAAUUUUUCAUGAAAUCACUUUUCAUAUUCAUUUUAUUGCUUUUGUUUAAAAAGAAACACCUUUUACAUUCUUGUAUGGUAUGAUUGCGUUAUAUAGCAUUUUAAAAUCACGUUUUGUAUUGAUACUGUUGAAAAGGCUUUGCCGCUUAUCUAAGGAAACUAAUAAAUGAAAUAUAUUUGUACAAUGAAUAUAAGGUUUUAUAGAUUACAUUUACAGGUAAAAUAUGUUGAUAUGUUGGUAAUAUAAAUAUAUAUAAAUUUUAAAAAAUGCAAAGAUAACUACUUUCUUUUCUUUUGAAUAUAUGUAAUUUAUAAAUAUAUCUAUGAAAAUAAGAUAUAAUAUUAUUUUUUCUAUUUUAAAUGUAACGAAUAAACUAAUGUGUUCGUUUUUCAAGUUAUUCAUUCCGUGAUGUAUUAUAUUAGCCCUACCUAUAUCUAUUCCGAUACAAAUUAUAUCUUACAUAGAUUCAGUUUUAAAACAAUGCGAUGUUUACUGCCAUGUUUAUAUAGUUUUUUAAAUAACGUUUAUUCAUGUAGUUAUGUAGUCAAUUUAAGCUUUUCAUUAAGAUUAAGUUCACAAAAGAACAAAUAUAAGAAAGAAAAAAUAUUCAAAUAAUAUUUUUUUACCGUAUUUUAUUAUCAGACACACAUGUUUUCCCACUGAUUUAGAAAUGAUCGAUGUAGUACAUUUGAAUUUUAAUUUAAUAUGGGAGACAA